GUCAGGUACAUACACUACCGUCGUGCACCAUGUACCUUCCUGAGGUUGCUGGGGGGAAGGUACUUGGAUACCUCGGGGGCUCGGCAACACGGAACGGAGCAUCUGCGUGGUUCGCGCGAAUAACGAGGUGCAUUGGAGUUUCGUUGCCUGCCUCAGGCAGAAACUCCUCUCAAAGCUCUUCAAUCACCAUUUAAUUGAUACCUUACCAGGGCAGAUCAAGCACUGAAAACGCCGCGACACCGGCUUAUCGACCCAGUAUCGUGACGGAACCCGACAGCACUGGUGCGAAUCGGCGUCAGGCGAUACUUCACGAACUCCAAUCCUCGAACGGUCGCUCGAAGGCUCUCAGUACGCGGAUCGGGUGUUGGACGGGAAUCCUAUACCCUCCGGUCGCGCUGCCCACCAUGUCAAGACAGGCUGCGCUGUCGCUCUACCGCCGUUCUCUGAAGCUCGCCCUCGAUUGGUCGGUGCAUCGCAAUCUCUGGCGCGGCCAGGCGCUCUACAUCCGCUCGCUCUUUGAGAAGAACCGGGAUGUUACCGACCCGAGAUUGCAACGGGCCCUUUUGAAGGAGACGGAGAAGUUGUUGGAGAAGUGGAAGCAUCCGGACCCUUACUGCCACCCGACUGCUCCAGGAGGCUCCAAGUACGAGAGGAACCUUCCGGCUCCCCAUUUCGAUCCUCCCCCACCACUCAAAUUUUGAUGAACAUCGGCGAGAUGGAUAUGUGUUGUACAUAGGGCGCAAGGUCUUUUUAGCCUGGGAAACCUCGAGGCUGAGUUCAUUCCACCAUGUGCGUUCGAAUGUCGCAUAUUGCUGCUACAAAGGCCAACUCGUGCGCCGAACAUGGCCGGCGGCCAGCGACUCCGAUGCCGAUCUUGGGCACAAAGUGGCUGAUUCCAUUACGAUGACAUACAAUUUAUAUGUUCGCGUGGAUUCAAAGUCAACAAUGCAGCGAAACUGAAUUGGGAA